GGGUGAAAUAGUUGACAUUUGGUGCCAGCUGAUUUUUAAUGUCACUCUUGUAGUUAAAGGUAAAUAGUUGGGAUGGAAACCUUUGUUUUUCAACAGCUCAGCAAUAAGUGGGGAGACUUGGAAUCUACAGUGUUUGUGCUCAGUUUAAUGAUGGUGUAAUAAAAUUAUUUAACUGACUUGAGUCAACCUACAACUUUUUAGUUUAAGUGAAGGUCUGUUACAAGAUAGUUUUGCAAAAUCCAGUGGUCAUCUUCUAGUAGGUUUAUUUUAAUUGUUUUGAUUCUACAUUUGACUAAGAUAAUUUCUCCAGGAGUGUCUCAUUUAAUCAUUCUGAAAUUGGGUGGUUUUUUCUUUUAUGUGCAUUAUAUGAUCAUCUUGAGAUGAGUUUUCAGCACCUUGUACAAUUUUGGAGAAGUUGGUAAUAGGAAGUUUUCUGCAUACCUCAGUAUUUUGAAAAAAUUAUAUUGUUUUUUAUGUAAUCAGUAAUAUGCAGAAGUGCUUUAACCAUGGCAGCGAAUUCUGAAGUAGAUCUUUGGCCAUGUUAGUAAAAAGACCAAGAUAUUUAUCUGUUUUUCUUUAAAUUGUGUGAUUAAACCCUGGCAGGAAUUUGAUUUGGAAUUUAGAUUUGAAAUUUGGUAUUUUAUGUGGAACUAAUUUUUUUGUUUAAAUUUUUUACCUCAUAAUGUUUCUUCCUUUGUGUUAGGCAGCAUUUAUUUUUCUGUUAGCAGUUAAGGAGGAAAAUUUGAAGAAAGUUUAGAAAAUGCUAAAACAAAUUCCAGAUAUGUUCUUCCUCUUAAUUAUCAGGGAGAGUAGGAAAAUAGAACAAAAUCAUUGUGAUGAAAUGGCCCAUAACAAUACAAAGCAAGAAUAGAGCUGUCAGAGGGAUCAGGGACCUGUACACUUGGAGUAAGAAGUAGCACAGCGAGGAGAAGAAUACUCUACUGAACAGUUAGCAUACUUUCAGGUGGUUCUAGAAGACCCUUCCAUUUCAUAUUGGCUACACCAAACCUUUGGGGUGACCCCCCCCCACCACCACUUCCUUAAAACAUAAAGUGUCAUCUUAUUAUUCCAAGUGUCUCUAUUGUCAAGUAUCUCUGUUGUCCACAGGAUAAAAUUUUUCGUAUGAUUCUUAAGCUGCCCCCUCUGGAACACCUGUCCAUCUGCAGCUAUCCAUAUUUACAUCCACAGUUUCUUGCCCUGAUACAGAAACACCUCUUAUCUCUAAGAUUCUUGGUUCCUUUUUUUUUUAAAGCUGGUUAAGGUAAAAUCCCUUGUGAUUCAUAUUUAGACUGUGUUCCAUCAGAUAUUUUCCCUCAUGUUUUCAGCCACUGGCCUCUUCCUUUUAACACAUAAGUACACCAAAGUCUUUCAUUUUGAGAAUAAGCAAAUAAAGUAUUUCCUUGACCUGCAACUCCUAGUCUGUGCCCUUCCUGGUUUUUUGUUUCUUUUGCAUUCAGACACAUAGUCCACAUUCAGUGUCUCUCUGGCUCCUCACCUCUCUUCACUCCUCAGUCAACUGUAGUCAUGUCUGUCGUGAUAAUUAUUGAUUGCCAACUGCAUUGAUCAUUUACAAUUUUUUUUUCUCCCUUGACCUUUCUUUGGCAGUUAAUAUUACCUAUGAUUUUUUUAAACCCAAUUCUUGACUUCUACAACAUUGCCUUCUAAUUUUCUUCUUUGCUCUUUUUUUUAAAAAAAUCUUAUUAUGUCCUUUUUCUUAAAUGCUGUUUUAGACUCUAGCUUGAUUUCAUCUUUAUCUCAUUCUGAGUUCUCCUUAUUUUGAGGUUUUCUCUUCUGUACAUUCUGAUAUACACCCAAAUUUGUAUUUUAAUUCAGACUUUAGUCAAGAGUGCAUACUCUUAACAACUUAUUGACCAUUUGAAUUUGAAUAUUCCUUAGAUGCUCAUAAUCAACAUUUAGUACUUUCCCCCACUGCUUAAGCCUACUCUUUUUUGUGUGUAUUUAUUUUUCCACUACCCCCAUAUUUGUAUAUUUUUAAUUUUUAUUUUUUAGUGACACAAUUACUCAUACAGGAGACAUUUUGACUUUGCACACCUAAUAAUUAAAAUGUUUCUGCCUUGACCCUGUCCCCUUUAAUGUAUCUCUGCUUCUAAAUUGAUUUUUAAAUUCAUUCAAUCAUGAAUCUAAUUAAUUAGUUAAUAUAAUUGCAUUAAAUUUGAGUGCUAUAUGCCAGAUAAGUAUUUGAAUUAUAGUUGUGAGCUAAACACAAUCCUUGUUUUCAUGGGGUGAUUCUAAGGGAGAGAUGUAUAAUAAACCAAUAUUGAGAUGAAUGAAAUGUAGCUAUGAAGAUGUGGUGCUUUGAGAAUUUAAGACAGGGGACUUGGAUCUGGUCUGGGAAAGCUGUCCCAGUUGAACUGAGAGUGCAGGAACAAGCAGAAGUUACCUAGAGGAAGAAGAAAGGAGAAUGCAUGUGCAAAGACCCUGUGGUGGGAAGGAACCUGGGAGUUUGAAGACUGAAAGAGGCCCCUUCACAGAUGUAGUCACUACGAAUCUUAAACUCCGAAAUCCGUCCGAUAGGAAGGUGUGUUUCAAAGUGAAGACUACGGCACCUCGGCGGUACUGUGUUCGGCCCAACAGUGGGAUCAUUGACCCAGGGUCCACUGUGACUGUUUCAGUGAUGCUGCAGCCCUUUGACUAUGAUCCCAAUGAAAAGAGUAAACAUAAGUUCAUGGUGCAGACGAUUUUUGCUCCACCAAACACUUCAGAUAUGGAAGCUGUGUGGAAAGAGGCAAAACCCGAUGAAUUAAUGGAUUCUAAAUUGAGAUGUGUUUUUGAAAUGCCGAGUGAAAACGACAAGUUGGGCAUAACUCCACCAGGGAUUGUUUCGACUGUCACCUCAGGGAGCAGCAUCAACAACACAGUUGCAACACCUGGCAGUUUUCACACGAAGAGUGACCCCAGGGGACUCAAUGUGUUCAAACAGGAGAAGCAGAAGAAUGAUAUGGAACCUAGCAAAGCUGUUCCACUGAACGCAUCUAAGCAAGAUGGACCCAUGCCAAAACCGCACAGUGUUUCACUCAACGAUACCGAAACAAGGAAGCUCAUGGAAGAGUGUAAAAGACUUCAGGGAGAGAUGAUGAAGCUGUCAGAAGAAAAUCGACAUCUGAGGGAUGAAGGCUUGAGGCUCAGAAAGGUAGCACAUUCGGAUAAACCUGGAUCCACCUCAACUGCGUCCUUCAGAGAUAACGUCACCAGUCCUCUUCCUUCACUUCUUGUUGUAAUUGCAGCCAUUUUCAUUGGAUUCUUUCUAGGGAAAUUCAUCUUGUAGAGCGAAGCAUGCAGAGUGCUAUUUCUUUUUUUUUUUUUCUCUUGACCAGAAAAAGAUUUGUUUACCUACCAUUUCAUUGGUAGUAUGGCCCGCGGUGACCAUUUUUUUGUGUGUACAGCGUCAUAUAGGCUUUGCCUUUAAUGAUCUCUUACGGUUAGAAAACAAUAAAAACAAACUGUUCGGCUACUGGACAAAUUGUACAUUACCAGAUCAUCACUAGCAGAUGUCAGUUGCACAUUCAGUCCUUUAUGAAAUUCAUAAAUAAAGAAUUGUUCUUUCUUUGUGGUUUUAAUAAGAGUUCAAGAAUUGUUCCGAGUCUUGUAAAUGUUAUUUUAAUAAUCCCUUUAAAUUUUAUCUGUUGCUGUUGCCUCUUGAAAUAUGAUUUGUUUAGAUUGCUAAUCCCACUCAUUCAGGAAGCGCCAAGAGGUGUUCUGUGGGAAGUGGUGCCUCUUAGUGUAAAUCUCCCUCUACCUUUGCUAAUAUCAUGGCAGAACUUUUCUUAUCCCUCGUGAGGCAGUUGUUGACUGAGUUUUUCAUCCUUACAAUCCUGUCCCAUGGUAUUUAACAUAAAAAAUAAAACUGUUAACAGAUUCUUGCUCGAUA